AUGGAAAAGAGUGGAGGAAGAAAAGUGAUGGAUGAGAUAAGAAGCUUUGAGAAGGCAAGCUUGUUCGAUCUUGGCCAUCCUCUUCUCAACCGCAUCGCCGACUCUUUCGUGAAAGCCGCGGGAGUUGGAGCUUUACAAGCCGUGUCGAGGGAAGCUUACUUUACGGUUGUUGAUGGGGCAGGGUUUGACUCGAGCAACGUGGGUCCACCGUCGGAGAAUACCGGAACCGGAAGCAAGAAACAUAGGUUCCCUAAUCUCAGAGGGGAAAGCAGCAGCAAAUCUCUUGAAGCAUUGGUGAAGAAUACAGGAAAAGAAUCUCUCCAAUGGGGGCUAGCUGCCGGAUUGUACUCGGGUAUUACUUAUGGUAUGAAGGAGGCUCGUGGAGGAGCUCAUGAUUGGAGGAACAGCGCGGUGGCUGGAGCAUUGACAGGAGCGGCGAUGGCUAUGACCUCAGAGAGGACAAGCCAUGAGCAAGUGGUACAGUCUGCUCUCACCGGAGCAGCCAUUUCCACUGCUGCUAAUCUCCUUUCCGGCGUUUUCUAG